CUUAAUCUAAAUUUGGAUAAAUUUGGAAGAAUAUGGAAAGCCAUGUCCGUACGAAUCCCUCUGCAAAUUCAUCACUUGGCUUCUGCCUUCUUCCCUCUGAGCUCAUCCAUAACAUUCUCCUCAACUUGGCUUUGCCCGACAUCAAGUCCCUAGGACGGGCCAACAAGUGUCUAUCCUCGAUCAUAACCGAUCCGAACUUCGUUCGAGAAUUCAACAAUCAGUCGAGAUCGACUUCCUGGCUCUUCUUUGGGAAGAAGCGAUGGCCUCAGGACGGGAUCCUUCAUGGCUUCACCCAUCGAGCUGGCCAGUGGUUCAUGAUCCCGAUCGCGAAAUUGCUCAAGCCCGUGAUAUUUCCCGGCGAAGAUCUUUAUUUCUUGACAGCAAACGGCAACGUUUUCUUAUUUGCUUCCAAUACGCAGAGGGCACUGAUUGCAGCUGAUCUGAUGAACAAAAGGGUCAAGAAAAUCCCACCAAGCCCACUUGGUCCACGGGGCACCUCGUCCUGGAGGAGGUACGGGAUGAAGCUCGUGGGCGGGCUGCCAGGGUCAGGCCACUUCCGGUUCAUGUUCGUGGAAGUGGUGGAUAACAGCCCGACCCUGUUCCUCUAUUGUUCGGAGACUGACCAAUGGCAAUCCAUGGAGGCAGGAGAAAAUCCGAGCACGUUUCGCGGCUUAGGAAAAGCAGAAGAUUACAUGUUCCUCAAUCUGAUCAAUGGCCCCCAGCAAAAUAUUCUCGUCGCUGUUGGAUCAACAGAGGCUUUGAGGCCUCUUAUCCUGCGACCUAGAUUUGCCAACGGAAGAAAUCCAGGGGCUCAGCUGACUGCCACAUCAGGCUGGAUUGACCGGUUACACGUGUAUGGCGAUGGGUACAUGGUGAUUGUAAGGUCGGAGGAUGCCGAUCGAGGCAUGAGGAUGCUGGGCAGCAUAGAACUAUGGGGACUAAGCAUGGACGGGAGCCAGUGGGAGUUUGCUUCCAGAGUUCCUGAGAAGUUAAUGGAAAGGCUCAGGAAGCCAUAUGGAGUCCUGAUGGGCUGCUUGGAGGCGAGGGAAGGGACCGUGAGGGCCGCCUUGGUGUCCACGUUCGAAGGCCAAUGGGACAUAAUAUGGCUGUCUUACGAGGUCCGGGGUCGAGUUUGGGCUCAUGUCCCCGUUCCGGAUUGUCAAAUGAAGGGUUCGAACAUGGCAGGGAUCUCCUUCUCCAGCGGCCUUUCAUUGCCUUGAUUUCGGCUUUUGAUGUACAAAUUUUAGUCGUUAGGUCCAUAAAAGCCUCCUAUCGGUCCAAAAGCCUUGAUGGGAUUUGGGCCUCGGACUAAGAGACGGCCACAAAAGUGAUCAGUAAGAUUAUCGUAUCAUUGUUCAUUAUAUUCACUUCG